AUGCCAGAGUCUCUCGAAUCCCAGCUCCCGCUGCCGCCUUCCUCACCACCGACCAUUUCUCUCUCGCUGCAGCCUCAGGACACAGAAGAACAGAACUACGACUCGAGCAGCUUGCUGCCGCCUCUCCCUACUCACGACGGCGACGAUGAUGACUUGAACGAGGAUAGCACCCACGACUACGCAGACGAAUAUGCCCGUGAUGACUCGCAUCUUGCUGGCCCUGCCCAUGAUGACCACGACGCCAGUUUGAACCGCACGAUGAAUGAAGAACGCGAGAUGCACCGGAAAUUGAUGGAUAUGGAGUCUAGUUUUCUUCCGGAACCGUCGACACUUCAGGUUGGCGGGACUACGACCGGGGUGGACGAUACAUACUUGGUUGGAGUGGACGCACCCGGGACUCCGCGAAAGGCGGAGGGAAAAGAAAACAAAGGCCGGAGUCUGUUUACGUCUCCAGAACCGCCUUUGGACGAGUAUAAGACCCCUGCGCCGCUUCGGGCGGCGGACCUGGAGCCUUCGCUGAUAGAAGACGGGAGACAGACGCUGGAAGGAGACAGCUUGGUCGGGGUCAACACUUCUUCCCUGGAGACCAUAUCGUCUCCUCCAACGGCGGCCGCUGCUGCAAGGACGAUAUCGAGAGUACUGUCUGCGGCGAGCAGCAGAUCGGGAAAGUAUGGCGAAUCCAUGGGGCCAGAGGAACGCGGACAAGAACACACAUACCAAGACGAGACAUCAUAUACAGAGCAGGAUGGGGAUUUAGAGACUACGCCGCGCAAGAGCCGCUCACAGCUCCGUAUCCAGUCUCCCCCGCCCUCGCGAUCUCUCCAAGACGGUGACACGGUCGACAGUGACGCCAAUCAAACGAGUGGCAUGCAGGGAACUACAGAUUCAAUCAUUAAUCAACAGCGGACAAGGCCGAAAUUUCUGGUUAGCCGUCAAUCGUCGCACCGCUUGUCAACCUCUUCGAUUACCACGGCCAAUACAGAUGGUGCUUUAAGCGAUGCUACGAUGGGAAUGGACUAUGCUUUACAAUCCGGUGGUGCCCUCCCAUCAAAUAAUGAUAGGGCGCCGCAAAGCCAUGGGCGGCCCAAGAUGGACCUGUCGAGGUCCAUUAGUUUGGGAAGCAUGGCAUCCGGCGUUUCAAACUUGAGUGAUGAUCACCCCUAUGAACGACGGGUGUUCAGCGGAGUCUCUGAGCUGAGCCUCCAUACCCUAGAUGAAGAGGAGUCAGCCUCUCAACGACCGGUUUCUCCAGGAACCACCGUCAAACAGGGUGAUGAUGUAGCUCCCACGACCCCAAAGAGCAAAGCUAUAGAUCCUUCUUCUCCCCCUGGAACAGUCCUUACACAGAUCCAGAAUCUCCCUGCCCCCAGUACCGUGAGGAAAUACCAGGAGAGCUUGGGCCCGUCGCCUGAUAAACGGUCUGGAAGCCGUACCCCAGGCUUUGGGCGAGGAAAGAACAUGACUCUGAAAGAACAGAGUAGCACGAUCGAUCGACUGUCCAAGGAGAAUUUCGACCUGAAGAUGCGUAUUCACUUCCUAAACCAGGCAUUGAACAAACGGUCGGAAGACGGUAUCAAGGAGAUGAUAUCCGAGAACGUUGAACUAAAGUCAGAUAAAAUCAAAGCGCAAAAGGACAAUCAAGCGCUGAGGAGGAUUAUCCGUGAACUUGAGAGGCAACUAAAGGAGAAAGCUGACCCUGCUGACGAGAACAAAGAUGAGCAGACGUCCGAGGCAGGGAAGAGGACAAUAGACGAGGAAGAAUUCUUAUAUCUACGUGAGCGGAUCGAGACGUACGAGGUGGAGAUCGAGAGACUAAGAGCCGAGAAUAUCACCAGAGAAAGUGAGAAGAGGAAGUUAGCAGAAAUGGUGAAGGCCUUGGGAGAUGGGAGAAGCGGGAUAUCAGAUUCCGGUGCUCGAGAAGAACGGGAUAUGUGGAAAGACAUAUUGGACGCCGAAACUGCUGCACGAGAGCAAAGUGAGGAGGAAAACAAACGUCUUCGCGGCCAGAUUCUCCAACUCGAGAACGACAUAUCUUUCCACCAAUGUCGAGACCCACGCCACCGCAAGGGCAACUCUACCUUAUCGCAUGUUAGUUCAGACUACGAAGGCAGUCGCGGCUUCGGACAGUCUAGUCUUACCAGAGAGCUAGAGCUGCUGAAACAGGAGAAUACCGAGCUUCGACGAGAAGUGAGUGCUCAAACUUCGAUGCUAACGUCUAGAAAUCGUGAGAAGGAAAAGCUUUACCAAGAAAUUGAAGAUUUGAAGAUCGAACGGCGCAAUGAAGGCCGGUCGAUCGCUGGUGAUAGCAUAUUCGAACGUUCUGCUUCGAGGGCGCAGUCUAGAGCUAUGUCACAAGCGAGUGACAACGAUCGUGACAACCUGGAAAAUAAGAAUGGCGAACUUCGGGAUCAAGUCUCGGCUCUCAAACUGGACAACCAAGGCCUACGCAGUCAGUUGGACGAAUACGCAAACGAACUUGGAGCUAUGGAACGAGAAUAUCAGGCAGAAUUAGACCGGCUAGGCGAGGACUUGCGAGAUAUCCAGGUGCAACGGGACCGUGCUCUUCAGGCGAUAGAAGCACGAGAGGCAGACUUACAAGACCUCAAGGCAGAAGCGCAAGAAGAGCUUGAUGCCAUGGGAGAAGAACUCGAUAUCAAGCACGAAGAUUGCCAUCGGUUGGAACUAGAAGUUCGAUCCCAGCAGGAGAACCUAGAUGCUCUCCAGGCAGAGGUCAGGUCUGCUAACGAGGGAAUUUCCAGGCUCGAAGAAGAUGCGCAGAGCAAUCUCCUCAAAUACAAAGCCGUGCAGCAAGAGUUGGACUAUGUUAACCAGGAGAUCGAGGCGAUGGAGAGGAGCUUGAGUGAGGCCAAUAAUAAAAUCCAGCGACUAACCGUUCAACAAGAAUCAAGUCAAAAUGAAAUUGCGUUCUUGCGAGAAGAACAAGAUGGCGACAAGAUCAAGAUAGGCGACCUGGAGUCCGAACUGAGGUUUACCCAGACCAGCUUCCAGAGCGAAAAGGAAAAGUCAAACGAGCUUGACAGGCAGCUAGCUGAUGAGAGAUACCAACGCGAGGUUGUAGGCAGCAAGGAGAAGCAAGAGGUACAGCGAAUUAUAGAUGAUCUCAACCGCGAAUCGACAGCAUCCAAGGAAGAAAUCCGGAAACUCAAGAAGAACCUCUCUUCUCGAGAGGUUGAGGCAUCCAUGUGGAAAGAUCGUUUGAUGGAACUAGAAAGCAGCUUGCGCGAGGCACUUGGUGAUCUCAACGGUACCCGCUCGAGUCUUCUCAUGUCAAUUACCAAGCUACAGAAAGAACUAGAGACGACAUCACUCGAGCUAGAAAGCAUUCGCACCAAGCUUGAUGAAAAGGAAGCACUCCUUCGGAACCGGGACGGGCUCCUCGAGAGCCAUGGGCUUGAGACACAGAAAUUAGCCGACCUUCUUGAACGCGAAAGGCAAGCUCGUCGUGCCGAUAAACAUUCGUUUGAGCAGUCCUUAAAAUCUCACCACCAAGCUUCUCGAACCAUCGUGCAAAACAAUUCACGUAUAACUGAUCUGGAGGGCGCUCGGAACCAAGAUCGGAAACGGUUCAAUAAUCUUGAGCAACAGUAUAGGGACCAGUUGAAUGAACGGAAUGUGAUGUUUCUCACUUUGUGGAAGAGACUAUCCACAAUGUGCGGGCCCGACUGGUCACAUUCAAACAGUCUUAUUAACGGCAAUCUACCCAGCCAGGAGGUUAUCGGGAACAUGCUAUUCUGGCCAGGGUUCAGCAAGAAUUUGCUCCUAGCUGUCAAGACAGUGGAAAAUUCGAUAAACGGGUUCAAGUCGCGAGUUAGGACUGUGGAGCGUAACCUGAUGAAAGAAUAUCAGGGACUAGAGAACAACCUGAGUCUCCGAGUCAAGAAACUUGAUCGCCUGGAAGAUAUGGUGCGGCAGAUGCAAAACAAUAGGCGUCCAACCAUAACGUCCACGAGCACAAAUGCCGAACUGUCAAAACUAAAGGGGGAAAAUAGGUUGCUCAAAGCUGAGCUCAACCUUCUACAAUCCCACUCUCGGGUUAAGAUCGCUAAUGAUGGGUCUGCACGAGGGCAGCCAUCGAAAAUGUCAAAUUCAAGAUCGGUUGGGUCCUCACUUGCGAGAUUCAGUGCAGGGUCGGAACAAGGCCCCGCGCCUGCCAAUACACGAUCCGGUAGAAGCAAUAGCUCUCUUUCACGCGGCUCUUCAAACAUCCCACAACCAUCCCCCUUCUCCUCAAGCACUACACUUGCCAAUAACCCGGGCAGCUCCGACGUUGCUCCUAAUAACACUACGUCUAGCUCUGUGAGUGGACAUCAACCAUCUUCAAACAGUGAGGCCUCGCAGGAUAGAUGGAUACAACGACUCCGUGACCUGGAACGACGGCUGAAAGCAGAGCGAGAAGCACGACUGCUGGACCGCUCUGGGGCCCGGGAGAGGCUUGCAGAGCGUAACGCAGAGAACGAAAAGCUCCGUGCUGCGUUGGAGAGAGAGCGAAUGAACAGAGCUACUAGCUCUAUGGGAGGGGAUGGCGCCUGUGAUAAUCCUGAUCGCAACCCGCGCACCCCAGAGAGGUCACGACGUCAUGAAAAUCAGAGCCAUGAAAGGGAAAGUCGAAAUAGGGAGACGGAUGAUAGUAGGUCUAGUGGGGCUGACGUUGUCGUAAUUGACCAUGGGUAUGAGCCUGAUUCUCGCGGCCAUAGUGAAGGGCCUAGCACACGUUCAGGUAGUUACGAUGGUGAAGGUGAUGAUGAUGAAGAUGACGGCACGGGUACUGAUGAGGAUGGAGGUUUAUGCGUUGAGGUUGUGGUAUGA